GGCUGCGCAUCAACAAUGCGUCGGAGGGAAGUUGGCAUGGUUCACAGGCAUUUGCCUUUCAUACUGUGUUUUAUAUAGAAACUUGACAGACUGGACUUUCGUAUAUAUCACUGAAGGGCUACUGAACUUGCCUGAGUGCCUAGUACUUCAAAAUGGAAACUUCCUCAAUGGAAACAGAUGAAAUUGUGGUUGAAAAUCCGAUUGCAGAGCCCGCAGAAACCGACGAAGUCGUGCCGGUUGAACUUUCAGAAACUCGUGCUAAACCGCCGGAAACAGAAAAAUCGCCGGUACAACAAGUGAACAUCCUAGAUCUAACCAAACUUAGUCCCGAAGUGCAACAAGGAUACCGUGUUUUCAUGGAAAUAUCGGCUGAUUCUUACAAAAAUGUCACUUGGCCAUUUUUGGAGCCGGUGGACGCAGAGGCACUUGGUUUGUGGGACUAUCACGAGAGAAUCAAAGAACCCAUGAGUUUCCAUCAAAUUGGUUGUAAAUUUAACAAUUAUGAAUACAACAGCAUCACAGAAGUUAUUGGUGACAUCCGUCUUAUUUUGGAAAACUGUUACCGCUACAAUGGAUCUGACCACUGGGUCUCAAAACUUGGCCACAAAAUGGAGAAAAUUCUGGAGCAAAAGCUGGCUUUGUUAAACAGGUCCCUAAGAGACAAGGUUAGCUUAGAAGCUACCAUGGCUUUGAGAAGUGAUUUCAUUCCAGCUGAAGGCUCUGAUGGGACCAGUCGUCGACGCACUGCUGCUCGUGUUUCAUAUGUUAAUAUGAUCAAUGGAGAAGGCUCUUCUUCUUUGCUUACACGUCUGAAGAUUCAGGAAGACAUAGAAGAACGUGAACGUCGUCGGAUACGUGAGAAGGAGAAGAAAGAAGCUAAUUUAGUUUUGCUUCAAGAUUUAGCGGUGUGGGAAGAAAAAGAGUUAGGUCCUGAUGUGGUCAAGCAGCUUCAUUCAAUGUGGGAGAUUCCUUCACUAGCUGGCUUACUGUUUUUAUUAAAAGAUUUUCUCUACAUACAAGACCUCAAUAUCACCGAACUGGAGCUGAGUUUUGUUUAUGCUAAUAAGUCCUCAUUACUGGCUAGAAUAUUUACAGCUCUUUUGAUUACUCCACAUCAAAGAAAAAGUUUGUUCAAGAAACCUCCCAUGAAGUUUAAAGUUUGGGAAUCUAAGCUAUGUGACCGACUAAACAGCUGGUACAAGGCUAUAGAGAAGGAUGGUCAGGUGUUGGUAAGUAUUCACAUCGACCUGGAAUUUCUGACCUACACUGUAGUUAGAACAUAGAGAGCGACAAAUUAUUUUUCUGUGUUGUAAUAUGUAGAAUUGAGCUCAUGGCCAAUGCAGUUGGUUGCUAAAUUUGGGAGACAAAAGCCCUGCUCACACGGAAGCUGAAUCAGGGCUAUUGUUAGUAUUUGAUAGCUGACUAUAUUUCCUGGUUACUGUAGUGAUGAACACCAGCAACGCAGAAUUCAGGAAUGACGAAAGGGGAGGAUGGCAUCUUCAAAUUGUUACUGCCAACUUUUAUUGUACAACCAGCUUUUUUGAAUUUAAUGACAAUCCUGUAACACUCAAAAUUCUUCUACUUUAGGCACCUUAUUAAUGACUCAAGAGUCUUAAAUUUGACAGUUCUCUAACAAACCUUCCUUUAGUUCCUG